UUCGGAGUCGGGGAGACGCGGCAAAGAGAGAGAGAGAGAGAGGCUGACAGAGUAGUUCAAGGAAAGAUAUGACAAACAGAGCAGAAGAAAAAGAGAGAUAGAGAGGGAGAGACGAAAAAAGAGUUGGACCGCAAGGAAGGAGGUACAGGCAGAACGGACGGAGGGAAGACUUAAAAGAGAGAGAGAGCAGAGAGACGACAGAAGGAAGGAAAGGAGGGAGGCAGAAGGAGGGAGAGGAAGGCUGGUAUGUGGAGGAUGCUGGAGGAGUGCCGUAUGGAGUGGCGCUUUCUCCAGUGACGUUCUGGCUCCUCGUGUCACCCCCCCCACCCGGAGCGGAGUGGAGUGACGACGGUUCAGGAGGACCAUGGAGUGUGGACGGGCGUUCUCCAAGUUCCACAGGGUCCUGUUGCUCAUGGUGAUGAUGUUCAAACUCGGCUUAUUCUGCUCUGUCAGUGCUGAGAAGUGUUUGGAGGCCCCUUGCCAAAAUGGCGGCACGUGUGUGGAGAUGUUGGACGACUACCACUGCGUCUGCGACACCUCGACUCCGCCAAUCUACGCCGGCAAGAACUGCUCUGAACUCUACGACGCCUGUGCCCACGCCGGAUGCCCCCACUGCUCCACCGUCCAGGGCACCGCCGAGUACAUCUGCACCUGCGACGAAGGCUUCUCGGGGCUCAACUGCACCGAGAACGUGGACGAGUGCGCAAGCAACCCGUGCGCGGGGGGCAUGAAGUCGUACUGCGUGGAUAUGGUGAACGGCUACGAGUGCCACUGUCCCGUUGGGUCAGGAGGUGCACAGUGUGAAGAAUUGGUGCGGAGUUGCCGUGACGAACCGUGCCAAAAUGGUGCCAACUGUACGUGGGCACCAGACGGGUACCGAUGCCAGUGUGCUGCGGGGUUCGACGGGGAGGACUGCGAGGUGGAUGUGGAUGAGUGCCUCUCUCAGCCGUGUAAGAACGGAGCGCUCUGCCGGGACGGCGUGGGUGCCUACGUGUGCUACUGCGUACCGGGCUUCCAAGGCUCCAACUGCGAGAUUGACAUCAACGAGUGUGCAUCCCUGCCGUGCGCUAACAACGCUACCUGCAUCAACGGCAGAGACAAGUACACCUGCGAGUGCUUGCUGGGGUUCAAAGGUGUGAACUGUGAGACAGAGAUCAACGAGUGCGAAGUGGAGCCCUGCCAGAAUGGUGCCACCUGUUUUGACCAUGUGGGCCACCACACCUGUGAGUGCGUGGCAGGCUACGCUGGCAUCAACUGUGAGGUGGACCUGGACGAGUGUGCCAGCUCACCCUGUCUGAACUACGGCGUCUGCGUUGACCUAGUCAACAGGUUUGAGUGCGACUGCGGCGGCACUGGCUUCACCGGAGAGCUGUGCGAGGAGGACAUCCUGGAGUGUGCGUCGGAGCCCUGCCAGAACAACGCCACCUGCCAGGAGGGAGUCAACCAGUACACCUGCCUCUGCUGGCCAGGCUAUGAGGGGGAGAACUGCCAGACGGACAUAGACGAGUGUGCACUGGAGCCGUGUCAAAAUGGCGGGAAGUGUUUCCAGCGAUCGGACGAGAGCAACUACGGCCUCCUGCCAGAGCUGGGCAAGGAGUUCCACUACGCACAGGCAGCCGGUUACCUGUGCCAAUGCACACCUGGAUUCACAGGUGCCAACUGCUCUGUGGAUGUGGAUGAGUGCGAGUCUCAGCCGUGUCUGAAUGGGGGGGUCUGUGAGGACCUGGUCAACUCCUACCAAUGUGUCUGCCCACCUGGCUUCACAGGUAUUCUCUGCGAGGUGGACAUUGAUGAGUGUGCCAGUAAUCCGUGUCAGAACGGUGCCACGUGCCAGGACGCCAUGAACGCUUUCGUCUGCACCUGUCCCGGACCCGACCCGGACUCGGGCCAGCUCCCCUGGGGCGGUGCCGACUGCGGCACGGAGCUCACGGGUUGCCUGGACCACGAGUGCCAGAACGGCGCCAGCUGCACGCCACACCUGGAUCCCAAGCACCAGCACGCUUACACCUGCACCUGCUCCAACGGUUUCCACGGCGACCGCUGUGACGUCCCCACCACCUUCUCCUUCUCCGCGGAGGGCUUUGCACUGGCGGAGGUUCCGGAGGCGAACCACACCCAGAACCAGGAGAACGGUGGUGGUGGUGGUGGUGGUGAUGAGUCCACCGGCCCGAGCCCCAGCGUGCAUCUGCGGUUCAGGACCACGCUGCGGGACGUGGUGCUGUUCUACAGGGGCUCGGCGGGCCACUUCUUCUGCCUGGAGCUGGUGCGGGGCGCCCUGACGGCCCGGGCCGAGUCCGGGGACCUGAGGAUGGAGGCCUCGCUGCUGGACCCGGUCAACGACGGCCGAUGGCACUACGCCCUCGUCACCGUGGACGAGAAACUCACGCUGACCAGCCAGGUGAAGCAGGCGGAAGACAGUGGACAGAACCAGUUGCUGUUUUUCCACCCGGAGGGCCUGAAGCAGGUGUUCGUCGGUGGCGUUCCCUCGGACCUCCUCAACACCACGCUGAGCAAGAGGGGCUUCCUGGGCUGCAUGGAGGACCUGGUGGUGGACGGCUGGCCCGUCCUGCCCCAGGACCUGCUCUCCGACCUGGACCCGGUGGGGCUGCUGGAGCCGGUUCUGGAGGUGGGCUGCAACAAGACCGAGUGGUGCCAGGAGGACCCCUGCUCCCAGCAGGGCCACUGUGUGGACCUGUGGACGGACUACAGGUGCGAGUGCCACCGGCCCUUCUACGGGAACUUCUGCACCGAAGAGAUUCCAUCGUGGACGUUCAGUCACGAGAGCACCUCGUCCUACGUCAUGUUCCCCAUCACCCAGACGCACGGCUCCACCUUCAGCGUCUCCUUCUUCCUGCGCUCCACCAACCCGUCGGGCCUCGUCUUCCAGCUGCGCCGGCGUGAGCAGCCCUACUUCACCGUCUACCUGCGCGACGGCACGCUGCACGCGGACAUCCACGCCUCCACCCGCGCCUCCUCUCUCCAGGUGACCGACGGGAACAAGUACCUCCUGGCCAUCUCCAUCAACGACGGCUGGGUGUUCUUCAACGAGCAGGCGGUGCACUUUGAGGAGGGCGACAACCCUCCGGUGAUCAGCGUGGAGGCUCUGGACCAGGCGUUUGUCGGGGGGCUGGCCCAGGGCCAGGACGCCUCUCGCUGGGGUGGGGCCUUCAAGGGCUGCCUGCAGGACAUCCGGCUGGACCAGACGCAGCUCUUCAUCUACAAGACUAAGACCGCCAAGUACACCAAAAAUCAGCAGGCUAUCUACUUACCAGGGGCCUCCUUCAACGUGGAGAAAAACUGCAUCUCAGACGACACAUGCAAGGCUCAUCCGUGUUUGAAUGGCGGCGUGUGCAACGUGACCUGGAACGACUUUUUCUGUGAGUGCCUGUUCAACUACACUGGCAAGGCGUGUGAGACUCACAUGUGGUGUAUGAGCGACCCUUGUGUGAUGGGCAGCCAGUGUGUGGAUCUCCAAAAUGGAUAUGAGUGCCGGACCAAUGCUUCUUUUGAGAACAACGCUCUCCAGUACCAUGCGGACGGCGCUCCUCUGGACUCCAUCACGACCGUCUCCGUACAGCUGCGCACCCGUGAGGACACGGCCAUCCUCCUGCGUGCAUCCAGUGGCCUGGAGCUCUUCUGCCUGGGCCUGCAGAAUGCCACGGCCAUCGCCAGGCUGCGCAGCGGAAACAGUCUAGAGGUGCAGACUGUGCAUGCAGACGCUGGCGCUCUGCUGUCGGAUGGCGAGUGGCACCACGUGGAACUGUACCUGGAGCGACCUCCACAGCAGCCGCAGGCCCGGCGUAGCAGCAAAGGUGUCGCCCCCCAGUGGCGGAUCAGCGUAGACGGGCAGCCCUCAGCACAGAGCGCCCCGGUCGCCGGCACGCUGGAGUUCCUGGGCAACACCACCCUCAGCCUGGCCGAGAACUUCACCGGCUGCCUGGGCGACGUGCGGGUGGGCGGGGUCUACCUGCCGCUGGUGGACGACGGCGACCCUCCGCAGGAGACGCGCUUCCUGCUGCAGAACGGCACGGCGCCCGACCUGGGCUGCAAAGGCUCGCCCGUGUGCGAGCCCUCGCCCUGCCUCAACCAGGGCACCUGCGUCGACCUCUUCCACUCGCUCUCCUGCGCCUGCACACCCGGCUACGAGGGCGAGUACUGCGAGAGGGAGACGGACGAGUGUGCCUCAGCGCCCUGCGUGCAUGGCCGAUGCAACGACCUGCUCGGAGACUACCGCUGCGUCUGCUCGCCGGGCUACGGCGGCCGGAACUGCGAUGAGGAGGUGGACGACUGCCAGGAGCACAGCUGUGGGAACGGGGCCACCUGUGUGGACGAACUGGACGGCUACUCCUGCCUGUGCCCACCGGGCUUCACCGGGCGCUACUGCAAUUGGCGUUUCCCUCCCCUGCGAUGUGACCUGGACCUUGAGUGCUCCAACGGGGGCGUUUGCACAGAGGGCUUCUGGGGGGCCAACUGCACCUGCAAACCCGGAUACACUGGAUUGAGGUGUGACGAGCAGAUCAACGAGUGCCUGUCUGAGCCCUGUUUGAAUGGCGGCACCUGCCGGGACCGGGUCAACAACUACCAGUGCAUGUGUGCACGCGGCUUCAGUGGGAAGAACUGUGAGACCAGCCAAGAGCCCCAGAGGGAGCACAUCCCCUGGCUGGUGGUGGCCAUCCCGCUGGCCUGCCUGGCCUCGGUGGUGGCCGGGGUGGCCAUGGUGUGCCUGGCCAUGACCGCCCGCAGGAAGCGCCAGUCGGAGGGCACCUACAGCCCCAGCUCGCAGGAGGUGGCCGGCGCCCGGCUGGAGAUGGGCAACGUCCUGAAGGUGCCCCCGGAGGAGAGACUGAUAUAGGACACGCGGCGGACACACAAGCAGGCGCUCCCAGACUGUCAGACACAGUACAGCUAUCUGUUGGUGGGGACAGAUUUUUUUUUGGUGUGUGUGAGAUGUCAAGACAUUACGGUACCAUCAAGACAUGGACACACCCCAUAUUAAACAUCCAAUGGGUGGGCGUAUAAACAUCAUCAUUGCAUGGGCAGCGUCCUGAAGGGGCCUUCAGUGGACAGGCUUGUGGAACACAACAGGCGCUUUCCAAUCAGGCAACCCCACAGUUAAAUAUGAUACACUGAAUAUGUUGGUAGGGACACACUGUAAUCCCGCCAAAGUGAGUAAGGGCUUGGGUUUAAUGGUGAGGAAGGACCCGGGCAGCAUUUGAGGCAUGAGUCCUUAGACGCAUGGUAAAGACUCGAUGGAUAUCU